GAAUGAGGGGUUGGGCAAACUGGACAGGAGGCUUUCAGUUCGUCAGAUACUCCCCGUGAUCUCCCACCGUCACUCAAACUCCACAUCCGUGCCUUGUUACAUUCCUGGAGCCUGCAGAAGUCGUCUCAGUAGUGUGUAAUCAUGCCGAUGUUUGUUGUGAACACCAAUGUGGCUAAAAGUGCCAUCCCCGAAGCUCUCCUGUCUGAGGCUACAGACGAAUUGGCCAAAGCAAUGGGCAAACCUGCACAGUAUAUCGCUGUACACAUUAACGGGGAUCAGAUGAUGAUGUUCGGCGGGAAGACAGAUCCGUGUGCUCUCUGCUCCUUAAUCAGCAUCGGGAAAAUCGGAGGCGCGCAAAACAAACAGUAUUCCAAAUUAUUGUGCGGCCUGCUUAAUAAACACCUUGGCGUCUCGCCGGACAGGAUCUACAUCAACUUUACUGACAUGGAUGCAGCAAAUGUGGCUUGGAACAACUCCACCUUUGGCUGAGAUAGAAGCUGCACCUUAAAGAGACCAAUAGCAAGAAUGCUCUGUCAGUAGGACCAUAGUGAUUACAAUCAACACAGCACUUACUGUAGAUUUGUUUCUUAUUCAUGACAAUAAAGUAUGGUGAAUCAAAA